GACCAUACGCAGGUUUUCCACCAGCCAGGAAAGAGAUAGAAAGCAGGAGAAAAUUUAUAGAGAGAUGCAGAGAAGGCCGGGGGCAGGGAUUCUAUGAAGUGGAGACUCUAGCCUUCAAGAUAAACAAGAGGGGGGAUGAAGAAUCCAUGGCUUGGGCGCUAUUUAUUGGCUUCGUUGUCGAUCUGAACCGCUGCCUUUGAAGUUAUUCGCUUUUUUAUGAAACCUUAAGGACUCUUGCUUUGGUUUUGAAGUUUUUGACUAUACCGGGAGGCAAAGAUUGGUGCGGCGCAGUUUGUAUUGGUUGCCCCAUACGGUUUCCUCUUCGAUCUGGGGCGGGGGGCCUAGCAAAUCACCGUUUUAUCAGCUGCGAACUUAUUCGUGGCUGGCCUUUGAAACCCUAGAUUUGUUACUGUGCUGUUAAAUUUGGUGUAUGUGGUGCCGCCUGUACGAUCUGGCCUGUGGGAUUGUAUGAAUUGCACUUAGGAGCGCUUUUACUUGAUUUUAUUCUUGUGUGGUGCUGUGCUACGGUUUUUCCGUGGCUGCCCCUGCUAUUGGGUUGUUUUUCAUGCCGCCUGAACCACUGCCGUGGGACCGGAAGGACUUCUUCAAGGAGAGGAAGCACGAGAGGUCUGAAUCGCUGGGCUCUGUGGCGCGAUGGAGAGACUCUUCUCAUCAUGGUUCCCGAGAGUUCAGUCGUUGGGGAUCGGCCGAUUUCCGCAGACCGCCAGGUCAUGGUAAGCAGGGAAGUUGGCACCUGUUUUCCGAAGAUUCUGGGCAUGGAUAUGCACAAUCUCGGUCCAGUGAAAAGAUGCUGGAAGAAGAGAACUGUCGUCCAUCCGUUUCCCGAGGAGAUGGAAAAUAUGGUAGAAACAGUAGGGAAAAUAGAGGAUCCUUUAGCCAGAGAGAUUGGAGAGGACAUUCAUGGGAGGCCAGCAACGGCUCUCCAAAUUUGUCCAGGAGGCCAUCGGAUGUGACUAUUGACCAGAGGUCAGCUGAUGACAUGCUAACAUAUCCUUCUCACCAUCAUUCCGAUUUUGUAAAUACUUGGGAUCAGCAUCAUAUGAAAGACCAGCACGAUAAGAUGGGUGGUGUCAACGGGUUGGGUAACGCACAGAGAUUGGAUAGAGAGCAUUCUCUUGGUUCAAUUGACUGGAAGCCUCUUAAAUGGACCCGUUCUGGAAGCUUGUCUUCACGAGGCUCAGGUUUUAGCCACACAAGUAGCUCAAGGAGUGGAGGGGCAGAUUCCAAUGAAGCUAAAUCUGAAUUGCAUCCAAAAAUUGCAACUCCUAUUGAAUCCCAUUCAGGGGAUGGGGCUGCAUGUGCGACAUCUUCUGCACCCUCUGAAGAUAUGAUAUCCAGGAAGAAGCCUCGGUUGAAUUGGGGUGAGGGACUUGCAAAGUAUGAGAAAAAGAAAAUUGAGGAACCUGAUGCGAGUGCAAGCAAGGAUGGGCCUGUCUUGUCUACUAGUAAUAUUGAACCCUCUAAUUUUCUUGGUUCAAAUUUACUAGAUAAAAGCCCAAAAGUUACAGGUUUUUCAGAUUGUGCAUCUCCAGCCACUCCAUCUUCUGUUGCCUGCAGUUCCUCCCCAGCAGGUGUGGAGGAUAAAUUGUAUGGAAAAGCCGUGAAUAGCGACAAUGAUAUUAGUAAUUUGAAUGGCUUAUUGGACCCCGGGCCUCAGAAUCAUCUACAGACGUUCUCUUUGAAUUUAGAGAAGUUGGAUAUUGAUUCCCUUAGUAGUUUGGGUUCUUCACUUAUUGGGUUGCUACAAUCUGAUGACCCAAGUUCUGUGGAUCCUAGCGCAGCAAAUUCCACUGCAAUGAAUAAGUUGCUGAUAUGGAAAGCUGACCUUUCGAAGGUAUUGGAGGUUACUGAAGCUGAAAUAGAUUUACUAGAAAGUGAGUUGAAGUCACUGAAAUCUGAAUCUGGAAAUAGCUGUCGUCCUGCAGCAUUGGGCUCCUCAGUGGUGGCAAACAACACAAAGUCUUGUGAAGAACAAGUUAGAGGCUAUGAUAAGGUCUCCAGGCCUGAGCCAUUGCAGGUUUGUUCUUCUGCUGAUCCUGAUGUUGAGAAGAUUUCCCUUUCAACUAAAGUGAAUAAUAUUCAUGAAAAUGGCAAGGAGGAAGAUAUUGAUAGUCCUGGAACGGCAACUUCUAAAUUUGUGGAGCCUCAACCUCUUAUGCAAACUGUCUCUUCAUGUGAUAUAGGCGGAAAUGAUAAUUGCUCUGGAGGCUUUGAUGCCAUUCAAUCUGCAAGCAGUAGAUGCUUAGUCCCUUGUUCCACUAGUGAGCGAGCUAUGGAGAUAAAAGAUGACAUGGGUGCUGCUCCUGGUGCAAGUGCUUGCUCUAGAUCUGAGGAUAUAUUGUGUAAUGCAAUUAUUUCUUCUAAUAAAGAAUAUGCAAACAGAGUGUGUGAAGAAUUUGCUCAGUUAUUGCCAAAAGAUUGUUUUAAGAUUGGUAACAUAAGAGCUAUCACUGAUUCAUGCUCUUCAGCUGCCGCUGUUAGAGAAAAAUUUGUAGAGAGAAAGCGGUUAGCAAGGAUUAAGGAGCGAGUAAUAACCCUAAAGUUUAAAGCCUUGCAUCAUCAAUGGAAAGAAGAUAUGCGAUUACUGUCUGUACGAAAAUGCCGCCCAAAAUCUCAAAAGAAACUUGAAGCGGGCAUUCGAACUACUAAUAAUGGUUUUCAAAAGAAUCGGUCCUCCAUUCGUUCUCGGAUAUCCUACCCUGGAAAUAAUUUAAGCCUUGUUCCAACAUCUGAGAUAAAUAAUUUUGCAAGCAAACUUCUCUCUGAUCCCCAAGUUAAAGUUUACCGGAGCGCCUUGAAGAUGCCAGCAUUAAUUUUGGAUGAGAAGGAGAAGAUGAUAUUGAGGUUUCCGUGUAGUAAUGGGUUGGUUGAAGAUCCUUUGGCGUAUGAGAAAGAGAGGGCGAUGAUCAACCCUUGGACAUCCGAAGAGAGAGAGAUUUUCAUGGAGAAAUUUGCUGCUUUUGGGAAAGACUUCCGGAAAAUUUCUUCUUUUCUUGAUCACAAGACAACUGCUGACUGUGUUGAGUUCUAUUACAAAAAUCAUAAAUCUGAGUGUUUUGACAAAAUUAAGAAGGAUGUUAGAAAGCUAGGGAAGUCAUAUUUGACCAACACUGACUUAGUAGCAUCAGGAAAGAAAUGGAAUCGAGAAAUAAAUGCUGCUUCACUUGAGAUUUUGAGUGCAGCUUCAGUGAUAGCGGGCCAUGCAGACAGAAUAAAUGGUAAUAAGAAAUUGCGUUCAGGAAGUUCUCUUUUAGGGGGCUAUGGUAAUGUGAAAAGAUCUAAGGUUGAGGAUAGUCUCCUAGAGAUGUCAAACAGUUUUGAUGCUCUUAGGGACGAGAGAGAGGUAGUUGCGGCUGAUGUUUUGGCUGGUAUAAGUGGUUCUAUAUCAUCUGAGGCUAUGAGUUCCUGCAUAACAAGUUCUGUUGAUCCUGUAGAGGGUAGCAGGGACAGGAGUUUGAAAAUAAACCUUGGGAAAAAGCAGUUGUUGACACCUGAUGUUAUUCAGAGUGGUGAUGAUGAUUCCUGUUCAGACGAGAGCUGCGAGGAGAUGGAUCCUGCUGAUUGGACUGAUGAGGAGAGGUCAGCUUUUCUUCAGGCUGUGUCAUCUUAUGGAAAGGACUUUGCUAAGAUCUCACGGUGUGUAGGUUCAAGGUCCCAAGAUCAGUGUAAAGUAUUCUUCAGCAAGGCUAGGAAAUGUCUUGGAUUGGAUCUUAUGCGGCCCAAGUCUAUAAAUGCAGGAUACCCAGCGAAUGAUGAUGCAAAUGGUGGUGGGAGUGAUACAGAUGAUGCAUGUGUUGUAGAGACAGGUUCGGCAAUUGGCCCUGAUAGGUCAGGCACUAAAACUGAUGAGGACCAGCCAGUGUCUCUCAUGAAUACAUGCUCUGAUGAAUUUAAUUCGGUUGAAGUCAGGGUUUUGUCAACUGAUUUGAAUAAAUCAAAUAAUAUUGGGGCAGAAGGGGUUCAAGAUGGUGAUGGUGUGGAUGAUAUGGUUUCUGAUGCUUGUGAAAUGGAUGAAAAGCCUAAACUGUGCUAUGAUGAUGGUGGGGAUGUCUUGUACAGUUCUGACAAGUCUGCUGCUGCCAGUGGCCGGACAUCUAUGAAUAUGUUAGUUAGUGAUGAAGGAAAUAAAUUGGAGGGUGCAGUUACAGAGUCAGUACCAUGCCAAUCUAAUUCUGUUGUUGAGGCUAAAGUGGUUUCUGAGAUCUCUUCUGGGGGUUUUGGAAAGGAUUUAACAGGGCAGAAACAAUCACUGCCUCCGUGUCUUGAUGAUAGGAAUAAUAAAUGUGAAGCAGUUGCUGAUGUAGCUGAAUCAGGAAGCUCAGUUCGAGGUACAAGUACAAUGGUGAAUGCUUCACCCUUAACUGCAGGCGCUUCUCGUACAGGCUUGAAUCUUGAAGUUGAAAAUAAACAUCAAGUGUCUCUUGGAGAGCCCUGUAUAUCAGCAUUGCCGCGGGGGAAUUUUCAGUCCAAUGCAAAAUUAUUGUUGCAAGAUGCUGUCGCUGUUGCUGUUCAAGGAGAACAAAAAGCUGUUCAAGAUCAACUACCUUCUGCGUCUAAUUUUCAGGGAAGUAUAGACGUGCACCGUCAAAAUUCCACAAGCAAAGAUGGGAAACGUGUUCAUAUUCCCAGCUGUUUAUUGGACCGUGUUGAGCCUAGUAGCAUCCUGCAGCGCUUUUCCUUGCCCAUUAAACAAGAAGUGAGGGGUGAUGUUAGUUGCAGCAGUUCGGCGUCUGAAUUGACACACACAUCCCAAAAGAUUGAACAAGCCUGUAAUCGUUACAAAUCAGAGUUGUGCCAUUCAGCAGAUUCUGAAGUGACAUCCAGAAAUGGUGAUGUGAAGUUGUUUGGGAAGAUAUUAACCAAUCCUUCAUCCAAUCAAAAAUCUAAUUUGAAUUCCAAGGGACGUGAGGAAACUGGUACCCGUCAGCCAAAGACGAGUAGCAAGUCUUCUACCCUGAAAUUCAAUGGCCACUGCCAUCAAAAUCCUGAUGGAAAUUCAACAAUUUUGAAGUUUGAUUGUGGUGAUUACAACAUAGGCCUUGAAAAUGUUCCCAUGAGGAGUUAUGGUUAUUGGGAUGGGAAUAAAAUACAGACUGGCAUUCCAUCAUUGCCUGAUUCUGCCAUCUUGCUUGCAAAAUAUCCUGCUGCCUUUAAUAAUUAUGCUACCUCGUCAGCUAAACUGGAGCAACAGUCAUUGCACACAUUUACCAAGAGUAAUGAACAGCAGCUGAAUAGCUCUGCGUUUACAACUCGAGAAAUCAAUAGCAGCAAUGGUGUGAUUGAUUAUCAGAUGUUUAGAAGUAGGGAUGCCCCGAAAGUGCAGCCAUUUAUGGUAGACAUGAAAAACCGCCAAGAAGUAUACUCUGAGGUGCAGAGACGAAAUGGUUUUGAAGCAAUAGCAAAUUUACAGCAGCAAGGGAGAGGAAUGGUUGGAUUGAAUGGUGUAGGGAGGCCGGGGAUUCGGGUGGGAGGAUCACACAGUGGCGUCUCAGAUAUUGUGGCAGCCAUCAAAAUGCAUUAUUCCAAUUCUGACCAGUAUGGUGGUCAUAAUGGAAGUAUCAUGAGGGAAGACGAAUCAUGGGGAGGAAAGAAAGGGGACUUAAGCAGGUAGUAGAUGUGUUCAGCGGCAAAUGUUUUCUUUUGCCGCGAUCUGUAUUAUAUUUUUGUUAUUGAACAAUACAGUGAUAGGUCGAUUUGACAGGUUCCCAAGCCUGUCUUUUUGAUAAAUUAUUUAGGUUCUUGUAAUAUGGCAGCAACUUUGUUUUCCCCCCUUUUUGGAUCAUCAUUCUGAUCAUCAUCUAGCUAGUUGGUUGCCUGGCUGAUUGUUUCAA